CGGGAUCAUUUCCGAUGAGAACGGCCAUUUUCUCUCUCUCUCCGGAUUUGUCCAUUUGCAACAGAUAUGGCCGACUAUUCAAACGUGGCUCCGCCGUCGGGAAAUGGCGCAGGAAUGAACGACGCUUUUAAAGACGCACUUCAGCGAGCUAGACAGAUUGCGGCAAAGAUUGGGGGGGAUGGCGUACCCCCCGCGGCGCCCUCAGGUAGUGAGUUUGGCUAUGGAGGCCAGAAGCGACCCCUUGAAGAUGCCGGUGAGUACGACCAACCAGAGACCAAGAAGGUGGCACCUAAUGACUCGUUCUCAACAGCGAUGGGAAUGGGAGGAAUGGGAGGAGGAGGAAUGGGAGGAGGAGGACCACGAUCGUCGUCAGAGGAGUUCAAGGUUCCUGACGGAAUGGUUGGAUUCAUUAUUGGAAGAGGAGGAGAACAGAUAUCCCGCAUGCAACAGGAAGCGGGAUGCAAAAUCCAGAUCGCCCCCGACAGUGGAGGAAUGCCUGAUAGGUCGGUGACACUGACUGGAUCCCCAGACUCCAUACUAGCUGCCAAGAGGCUGCUGACGGAGAUCGUUGAUAAGGGUCGUCCUUCUCCAGCCUUCCACCACAACGACGCCGGUGGUCCCGGUAUGUCUGUCCAGGAGAUGCUGGUCCCUGCCUCCAAGGCUGGCCUGGUCAUCGGGAAGGGGGGAGAGACCAUCAAACAGCUGCAGGAGAGGGCCGGGGUCAAGAUGGUGAUGAUCCAGGAAGGGCCUCAGAACACAGGAGCGGACAAACCUCUACGCAUCUCUGGGGAACCUUUUAAAGUCCAGCAAGCCAAGGACAUGGUGAUGGAGCUGAUCAGAGAGCAGGGCUUCAGGGAGCAGAGAGGAGAGUAUGGCUCCAGGAUGGGAGGAGGAGGAGGAGGAGGUGGCGGCGGAGGAGGAGGAGGAGAGGGCCUAGAUGUUCCUGUCCCUAGGUUUGCGGUAGGAAUCGUGAUCGGGAGAAACGGAGAGAUGAUCAAGAAGAUCCAGAGCGACACAGGAGUCAGGAUCCAGUUCAAACCAGAUGACGGCACUACCCCGGAGAGGAUAGCCCAGAUCAUAGGUCCUCCAGACCAGUCCCAGCAUGCAGCAGAAAUCAUCACUGACCUUCUGAGGAGUGUCCAGCAGGGGGGGCCGGGUGGUCCUAACGGAGGGGGCAGGGGGAGAGGCAGGGGGGGUAACGGGGGUGGUAACUGGAACAUGGGUCCUCCAGGAGGACUGCAGGAGUUCACCUUUACCGUCCCGACCAUGAAGACUGGACUCAUCAUCGGCAAAGGAGGAGAGACCAUCAAGGGCAUCAGUCAGCAGUCUGGAGCGCGUAUCGAGCUCCAGAGAAAUCCUCCCCCCAACUCCGACCCCAACAUUAAGAUGUUCACCGUCCGAGGAUCUCAUCAACAGAUAGACUACGCACGGCAGCUGGUCGAGGAGAAGAUCGGGGGUCCAGUCAGUCCAAUGGGUGGUCCUCACGGCCCACCAGGCCCCCACGGAGGGCCCUCUCCCCACGGGCCCCCCGGCCCACCUGGACCCCCUGCUCAAAUGGGCCCCUACAACCCCGGCCCCUACAACCAGGGACCCCCUGGACCACAUGGUCCUCCGGCUCCCUACCAGCCUCAGGGUUGGGGCAACGGCUUCCCCCAUUGGCAGCAAGGACAGCCAGACCCUGGUAAAGCUGCAGCUGAUGCCAACGCGGCGGCCUGGGCAGCGUAUUACUCCCAGUACCAGCAGCAACCCCAGGCCCCCAUGACGCCCACCGGCGGAGCCCCCGGCAACCCACAGGCCAAUGGGCAAGGUCAGCAACCACAGGACUACACUAAGGCCUGGGAAGAGUACUAUAAGAAACAAGGUCAAGCUGCCCCCCAGGCAUCAGCAGCAGGCGGUCAGCCAGGCGGGCAGCCAGCUGGGCAGCCAGCUGGGCAGCCGGACUACAGUGCUGCCUGGGCAGAGUACUACCGUCAGCAGGCUGCUUACUACGGACAGGGAAGCCCACAGGCCAUGGGAGCCCAGCCGCAAGCACCUCAGGGCCAGUAAUGUGAAGUGGACAAAAAUUUCAUGCUACAUUGUCGAAAAAAAACAAACAAAAAAAGCCCUUUUUUGUUAAAUGUGUUGGAUGGUGCAGAUGACGUCUUGAUGAAGAUCUUAAUAUCCCCCCUCUUGGUUGGUUGGUUGGUUGGUUGGUUUAAAAAAAAAAAAAAGUAUGUUUCACAAUAGAUGUGAUGACCACGAAGUCACUCCGGAGACACGACACAAACCACCGUCCUAUUUAUCUCUUUUGUUUGUUGAUUUUCUUGUAAAUUAACGGUUUUGUUUUUAGUGAGGUAAUAUGGUGAUUUCUAUUCUUCUGUCAUGCUAUGUGGUUAGAGCUCCUGUUAUUAUCUCUAGUCGUCUACCAUGUGAUAUCAGCUCCAUUUUUAAAUAAUAUGCCUGUGUUUUGCAAUAAACUAAAGUGAAACCUACUGUGUUGGUAAGUUGGGUCGGUAAUAGGUGUGACUAAAUAUGAAUUCAACUUUAAAAAAUCAUGUAUCUAUAUUCUUUGUUUUGACCGUAAUGGCACAAUGGAAACUUGGGGGGGAAAAAAUGUUUUUAAACUAAAUGCAGGGCCCUCACUUCUCUCUCUACUCUCGCUCUCCUUUGACUGUCAAAAUGAUUUUUUCUGACUGCCUGAAAGUUGUUGUUCUGUCUCUCUCUCCAACGGUCUACACAUCUCCUGGUAACAGUACGGUGGUUUAUUUAGAUGGAAGUUCAUUGUUCUGCCUGUAUUUGACUGGGGUCUGGUUUCGGUGUUCCCCAAGGUUCUGUUCUAGGACCAAUUUUUAAAUAUUACCCAGUCUCGACUCUUGUUUAAAUUUUUAGUCUUUGUUUUUCUGCCUGUUCUGUAUGACCAGGCAGAUGUCUCCUUAUCCCAUAAUGUAGCACUGGUAGAGUUGGUGGCUUAAUGUUCUGAUCUACGUGUCUCAUUACCUGCAGUGUUCUGGCAUCUCUGUCAAACUCGACUGAUGUAAUCUGACUGUCUGCGGCCCAAAUGUGUUACCCUAUUCCAGUUGUAGUGCACUGGGCUCCCUAUGGCUCUGGUCUAAAGUAGUGCACUAUACUGUGAACAGGGAGCCAUUUGGGGAGGGACUCAACCUGAACUAAGGUAACUAAUAAGGCUACGUUUUACACAUGCAGCCCAUUUCUCACAUUAUCGUCUCACCAACUGGUAUGUUGACCAAUUUUGGAUCAGCAUUGAAUCAAGAUCUGAUGUGAUUGGUCCAUAGGCCAAUUAGUGGACAAAAUAUUGGAUUUGGGCUGCCUGUGUCAACACGGCCUUCGUGUGCUUUACUGUUUAUAUAAUGAGAGUUACUUUCUCCCUCACACUCAAGCUUAGACAAGCGGUAAGCAAAGCAAGUAUAUAUUUUAAUUUUUUUUAAACAAUCCAAAAUGUUCCUCAGAAAAAAUGUCUCACUGCAAAAAUGUUGGGUUAGUGUAUUUCUGUUCUGCUCCCUCUGUCUUCCAGGACAGGUAACUGGUCUGUUAUGCUGCCUUUGAGACAUGCCCUGCAUUCAAACGUUUGUUCUCUUCCCCACCCCUCCCUCUAAAAUGUGUACAUACAUUUGCUGGCGUUUUCUAAACUCUUUUUAAUACUGUAAAAAAAUGCAGAAGACGUGUAUAAAUUUACUCUACCCAAUGCAUUGUUCUGUUUAGUCAACGUAAGAACGUAGGUUGUUUGUAGGCACGAGGGUUUGGCUGGUCUGAGCGGUGCCAACAGUUGACCUCUUACUCUGUAAGUACACUACUGUGACUAUAUAACAACCCCAGUGACUGAGCACUACUGCCGUGACUAUAUAACAACCCCAGUGACUGAGCACUACUGCCGUGACUAUAUAACAACCCCCAGUGACUGAGCACUACUGCUGUGACUAUAUAACAACCCCAGUGACUGAGCACUACUGCCGUAGCUAUAUAACAACCCCCAGUGACUGAGCACUACUGCCAUGACUAUGUAACAGUGACUGGGCACUACUGCCGUGGCUAUAUAACAGUGACUGAGCACUACUGCCGUGACUAUAUAACAGUGACUGGGCACUACUGCCGUGGCUAUAUAACAGUGACUGAGCACUACUGCCGUGGCUAUAUAACAGUGCCUGAGCACUACUGCCGUGACUAUAUAACAACCCCAGUGACUGAGCACUACUGCCGCUACUGCCGUGGCUAUAUAACAACCCCCAGUGACUGAGCACUACUGCCGUGACUAUAUAACAACCCCAGUGACUGAGCACUACUGCCGUGACUAUAUAACAACCCCAGUGACUGAGCGCUACUGCCGUGGCUAUAUAACAACCCCCAGUGACUGAGCACUACUGCCGUGACUACAACAGUGACUGAGCACUACUGCCGUGGCUAUAUAACAGUGCCUGAGCACUACUGCUGUGACUAUAUAACAACCCCAGUGACUGAGCACUACUGCCGUGACUAUAUAACAACCCCCAGUGACUGAGCACUACUGCCGUGACUAUAUAACAGUGACUGAGCACUACUGCCGUGGCUAUGUAACAGUGCCUGAGCACUACUGCCGUGACUAUAUAACAACCCCAGUGACUGAGCACUACUGCCGUGACUAUAUAACAACCCCAGUGACUGAGCACUACUGCCGUGGCUAUAUAACAACCCCCAGUGACUGAGCACUACUGCUGUGACUAUAUAACAGUGACUGAGCACUACUGCCGUGGCUAUAUAACAGUGACCGGGCACUACUGCCGUGGCUAUAUAACAACCCCCAGUGACUGAGCACUACUGCCGUGACUAUACAACAGUGACUGAGCACUACUGCCGUGGCUAUAUAACAGUGACCGGGCACUACUGCCGUGACUAUAUAACAACCCCCAGUGACUGAGCACUACCGCCGUGACUAUACAACAGUGACUGAGCACUACUGCCGUGGCUAUAUAACAGUGACUGGGCACUACUGCCGUGACUAUAUAACAGUGACUGAGCACUACUGCCGUGACUAUAUAACAACCCCCAGUGACUGAGCACUACUGCCGUGACUAUAUAACAACCCCAGUGACUGAGCACUACUGCCGUGGCUAUAUAACAACCCCAGUGACUGAGCACUACUGCCGUGGCUAUAUAACAACCCCAGUGACUGAGCACUACUGCCGUGGCUAUAUAACAACCCCAGUGACCGAGCACUACUGCCGUGGCUAUAUAACAGUGACCGGGCACUACUGCCGUGACUAUACAACAGUAACUGAGCACUACUGCCGUGACUAUACAACAGUGACUGAGCACCACUGCCGUGACUAUAUAACAGUGACUGAGCACUACUGCCGUGUCUAUAUAACAGUGACUGAGCACUACUGCCGUGACUAUAUAACAACCCCCAGUGACUGAGCACUACUGCCGUGACUAUAUAACAACCCCAGUGACUGAGCACUACUGCCGUGGCUAUAUAACAACCCCAGUGACUGAGCACUACUGCCGUGGCUAUAUAACAACCCCAGUGACUGAGCACUACUGCCGUGGCUAUAUAACAACCCCAGUGACCGAGCACUACUGCCGUGGCUAUAUAACAGUGACCGGGCACUACUGCCGUGACUAUACAACAGUAACUGAGCACUACUGCCGUGACUAUACAACAGUGACUGAGCACCACUGCCGUGACUAUAUAACAGUGACUGAGCACUACUGCCGUGUCUAUAUAACAACCCCAGUGACUGAGCACUACUGCCGUGACUAUACAACAGUGACUGAGCACCACUGCCGUGACUAUAUAACAGUGACUGAGCACUACUGCCGUGACUAUAUAACAACCCCAGUGACUGAGCACUACUGCCGUGACUAUAUAACAACCCCAGUGACUGAGCACCACUACUGUGACUAUAUAACAACCCCCAGUGACUGAGCACUACUGCCGUGGCUAUAUAACAACCCCCAGUGACUGAGCACUACUGCCGUGACUAUAUAACAACCCCAGCGACUGAGCACUACUGCCGUGACUAUAUAACAACCCCAGUGACUGAGCACUACUGCCGUGACUAUACAACAGUGACUGAGCACUACUGCCGUGACUAUAUAACAACCCCCAGUGACUGAGCACUACUGCCGUGGCUAUAUAACAGUGACUGAGCACUACUGCCGUGACUAUAUAACAGUGACUGAGCACUACUGCCGUGACUAUAUAACAACCCCCAGUGACUGAGCACUACUGCCGUGGCUAUAUAACAGUGACUGAGCACUACUGCCGUGACUAUAUAACAGUGACUGAGCACUACUGCCGUGACUAUAUAACAACCCCAGUGACUGAGCACUACUGCCGUGACUAUAUAACAACCCCAGUGACUGAGCACUACUGCCGUGACUAUAUAACAACCCCAGUGACUGAGCACUACUGCCGUGACUAUAUAACAACCCCAGUGACUGAGCACUACUGCCGUGACUACACAACAACCCCAGUGACUGAGCACUACUGCCGUGACUAUACAACAGUGACUGAGCACUACUGCCGUGACUAUACAACAGUGACUGAGCACUACUGCCGUGACUAUAUAACAGUGACUGGGCACUACUGCCGUGACUAUAUAACAACCCCAGUGACUGAGCACUACUGCCGUGACUAUAUAACAACCCCAGUUAUUGUCUUGCUGUCAAUGUAGUUAUUUGGCUGACAUACAAAACUGUAGUGUUUUUGUCAAAUUGCAAAUGUUUUCCUGAAGUACUGGGUAAGUAUCAAGUUCUGGUACAGAAAGUAACGUACUUUGGAAUUUUGUCCUUCCUGUCCUUCCAUUAUUAUUGUUCGGACUGUUUUGUUUCCCCCUGCAAUAACUCCCAUGAUGCAUUUAGAGAGUAUUGAAUUAUAGCUUGUGUUCAAUCGGGACUCUUCGUAGGAACCUGUUCUAUCACAAUACCAGUCAGACUGUUCUGUUUGAACUUUGAACUCUGAAGUGUAAGCAUCGUUUCCUGUCAGAUUUUAGUACAUGUACUAUCGACAGACUGCUCUGUGCAUUCAUCAUGUAGGAAUGUAAUCAUUUCUUGGUUAUAUAAGAGGUUUUGCUUAGUCAGAAUAUAGAGAUGGUAAUUAUUGAUGCAUUAUUUGAAGAAGAGGGAGAGAGAAAAAGGAAGCGAUUUCAUGGCCCAAAAAAUGUAAUUUUCUAUUGGAAAUGCAUAUUUUCUCUGAAUUGUUCUCGUUUUUCCCCAUUCAGUAGCAUGUCGGCGUCGUUUCAAUGCUGCUUAUUGAUGUCUCCUAUCAUCAGCAUGUGGGUUAUUGGUGCAGUACAAUGUUCAAGUGACAGAUAUUCCAUUGAUUUGAUUUUUUUCUAUCUCCGAUGUGACACGCUGUUCUGUUGAUAUUCAGCACUGUAACUGAACUAAGGCUGGUUUUGAACUGAGUGCGUACAGUUGCAAUGUCAUCUGUGUGAUCGUUGCAGUGUCACUGUCACCCCAGACCUUGACCCAUAGGUUCUGCUGCUGGCAGUGAGUCACACAGGUAAGGAAAACGCCCGACCCUGUCACAUACAUUUUGUAUACACCCAGAUUUGCUCACCUGAACGUACCUGAUAAAAGCCUUUAACUGCCCAGCAUACCAUGUUAAAUCUAGCUAUGCUGAGGAUCUUAAUGAGCUAGGUAGGAUUUGUAGUGAUAUCAACAGUUGUUUGUUCAUUAUAUAAAGUUGUGAUGGUAAUGAAUGACUUGCAUGGAACAUGUUGAGUUGUGUGGGUUUUGUUUAGGAGCAGCAACAUUUUUUUUCCCCCUCUGAAGCUAAUGCAACGUUCUUUAUGAUGGCUUGUCCCACCUCUGACUUAUCUUUAGUACAAUUUGACAUUUCUUCCUAUAUGUUGCUUUUAGUUCUAGUAAUUCUGUGAUUUUAAUAAAUCAGUUUUAUUGAAGGUUGUGUAGCAUAGUCUCCCCCAUGGUAAUGCCUACUAUAAUGCGUGAUUGUCCCGGUAAGUCCUGCAGCUUGCCUGAAGCAUAGCUGGUCUACUUUAACAUUUAGCCUGGGUACCUGUCUGUUUAGCUGUCGUUCCACUCGUUGCCACUCCUUGGUAUGACCUAGGGGUGGCUUGGAGUAGAAUGCUAGCAGAAAACCACUUUUUAACAUGCCUAUAAUAUAACAGACUGCUACUGUUGGCAGAAAGCCAGACUUAAUGUGCAUACAAGUUAUACAAGUACAUGAUGCUGUAAUCUAAUGAUGCUCAUGCUGUUAAACUGACUGAUCAUUGGUGUGAUGCAAAGCUUUCAUUAUCUAUAAUAUAAUGCCCCACAAUGCAAUGAUGCAGUGUUGUUUAAAAAAAAUAUAUCUAUAUAUAUAUAAACCCCCUGCUGCCUUGCCUGCCUCCCACCUCUCACUCAGAUGCUGUUGGAAGACUGAGGUUCCACAUUCUUGAUCUGGUUCUCCAUCUAGUAUGUUCUAGAUUCAGGAACAGGCCCCAGCCAGGCUGGGCUAGUUGUCCUGUAGAGGAGACCACUGAGAGAGGCGUCACACCUUUUUUGAGUCUGUCUGAUGAUCGAGGUGUAGGUGACCAUUUGAGAGCGAGCUCCAGAUAAGGUAAACUAAACUAAAACAGAACAAAGCAAUGCAAUGAAAUGGGGGGGGGAUUCUGUGAUUUGAUAAAUUUACCGUGAUGCUGUUUGUUAGGGAUGUCUUAUCAUCUUUGUACAGCUAUCUCUUUCUCUAAAAGAUGUCAUAGCAUUUCUGAUGACCGCACCUGGUGACGUAUCUAUCACAUUUAUCUCAUGAUGAUUCUCCGCCACUUCCUUCCUGCAUCCCAAAUGGCACCCUAUUCCCUACGCGUAUCACUUCUGCCCUGGUCAGUAGUGCAUUUCUACAUAGGCAAUAGGGUGCUAUUCUCAAUGCUGUCAUGAGCUAGGGCGUGUUGCUUAGUUGUGCUGAACCACCAAUGCUUUAGAGAGUUGGAUGAGAAAUAACCAGGAAGUGCUGUUUUUGUUUUUUUUUUACGUUCAAAUGUCAGGCUCGUUCAAACCUUUUUGGCAGUAAAUUGGAGAGUUUCCUUCUAGUUCUGUUUGUUCUCUUCAUUCAUUAGAAGUCUUAUGUCCUCUUGCUAGUCAUUUUGCUCCUAGCAUAUUCUUUUAAGUUGCUGUGUAUUCAUUCUUGCAUCUCACACGUACACAGUUUGAGGUCAGGGGGCACGUUUGGGUGGUGUGGAAGACUCAGAAGGGAGAAAUAUGGAGCAUGCCUUUAUAAGGUAAACAAAUGAAAGGUUUAAUGUUUUAUCGAAUGCAACUUUGUUUUGUUUUUCUGUCUGACUGUUCUGGAUCUUUGUUGCCCUGUCCAGAAAUGGUAAUAAAGACGAUGGUGUUUAUCUGUU